CUCAUAAAUUAUACCAUAGAUAUUAUAUGAAAGGUAGGUAGGUACAUACCUAACUAUAUAAAAAUACUGUCAAAAAUACAUUGGACUUCGAAAAUUUGCAAUUUUCUGUUGAAAAUAAAAACAAGACUAAAGUUGUCGAAAUAGAAGUGCAGCAGAAUUCUAGAAGAUAAUUGACAUUAGCAGCAAUGUCUACUAUAACUGCACCAUGGGAAGAGCUAAGAAGGCAAGCUCGGACCCUAGAAAAUGACAUAGAUGUGAAACUUGUCGCAUUUAGCAAACUGGGUAUCAGUUCAGGUUCGGCCAAUAUUAAUUCAGAGACUGCCCCUCUCAUAAACAGUGAUGAUAUGUUUGAUACCAUGUCUAUGGAGCUGCAGCAGCUACUUAAUCAGUUAUCAUCAAUAAAUGACAAAAUGGCCGACAUAGCCCCAAGUGGAGCAGCCACAAUGCACACAAUCAAACGGCACAGAGAAAUACUAAUGGACUACCAGCAAGAGUACUCCCGCACGUCAGCCCGCGUGUCGGCGCGGCGCGAGCGCGAGGAGCUGCUUCGGGGCGGCUCCCCGACUCCGCCCGCCGCGGGACUCAGCAGACGCGACCAGUACGCGAAGGAAGCCAACCAUUUGCACAGUUCCCACAUAUUAGUCGAUGAACAAAUAAACAUAGCGAUGGAAGCUCGCGACCACCUCUCCUCGCAACGGCAAACCUUCAAACGGAUGCAGACCAGGUUCAACGAUAUCGCCAACAGAUUCCCGAUGUUGAACAGUCUGAUGUUCCGUAUAAACGCUAGGAAGCGUCGCGAUUCCCUAAUCGUGGGCGUGGUGGUAGCGGUCUGCACCUUCCUCUUGCUCAUGUACGCCUUCCAUUGAAACUGUGAUCCGAUAAAGACUGUAGUUAACUAGAUUUUAAGGUAUCGUAUUAUAGUGAACUAAGACGCCUCGAUUUGACAACCAUAUUGAAUACGAUGUCCAGUCGUAGGUGUGGUGAAGCUUAAAGGCGGAAACACAUUAUUAAAACGCGACGUAACGCAACGUGUCGACACCCGAUUUACACCGUGCACAUUACCAACACGCGACCCCACGACAUAGCAGCAAUCUGUAGUGAAAACAGCUAACAGCAGUGGAAAUGUAUAGUUGUGUACUAUGGAUUUAAUAAAUAGCUCUCACAAAAGUUACCACAACUAUAUAGGCGUAUACAAUAUCAAUUUGUUUUUUUAAAGUAAUAAAUAAUAUUUUCAAUAAAACUUACUGUUUAUAUUCAUUUGCUCGGCAAUUUAUUCCCAUGCAUUAUUUCUCGUUGUAUGAUCCCUGUAUAUAGCUCAUGCAUCAAAUUCAUGCCAUAUAAAACAGGAUAUCGUUUUACCAACGCUUAAAAGGAGACUCCAAUCAAUGUAUUGUUUUGACUCGUAUUUGAAAAUAAAGAAUUUUUGUAUUUUUUUUGUAUUUGUACCAACUCAAUUAACUGGACGUCGGUCAUUUCAAAUGCUAAACGCUAAAUAAAUGCAAACAAUAAUAUUAAAUUGGCAUAAAUUCUGUUUGACAGUGUGAAGAAUAGGGAUGGGCUCAAAGAAUGGUUAUAUGCUCUGUGACAGAUCUCGAACGACUGACGCGUGUCUUUGGGUGUUGUCUAGAAACAUACUACACUCUACCCGUCGGAUGGCGUGUUUAACCCCAAAAUGGGCAACAAAUCACUGCGAUACUUUAAGACAAAAAAAAAUUGUGUAUGGAAACUAUCGAUAUCUUGUAGCGGAUACCCCUAAACUUAUAUGUUGUUAAAGUGGCUUAACUUUUUAAUUAUUAUAAGACUAAAUACAAAAAAUCAAAAAUCAUACAAGCCUUAUUUGUUAUUAAAAUUGAUUAAAUUUUAUCAAUUUGUGGUUUCUGAAAAUCUACAAAAUCCUUCAUUAAAAAUAAAAUAUAGGAUAGGUAAAUGUGUUACUGCCAUACAGGAGCAAUGAGAAACUAAUGGAAGCGAAGCCAUCUAGUGGCCGACGCCCGUAAACAUUUUCGUUGAGUGCUUGAGUUGCUUAUCUAUAGCCAAUUUAUCUGUAUUAUAAACACAUCGAUCUGGCACAUUUGAAUCGGGUGUUAUCUGCCGCAUGGCGUCGCGUCGGAUGUUUAUAGUGUGAAUCUGGUCUAUAAAAAACAAUACAUUUGAUUCGACUCAACACGCAUCGCGGUUUCAUCAGGUGGCGUCGCGUUUUGAUAAUGUGUUUCCGCCUUAAUAAUGACGUACAUUAAUCGAUUCUUUAUUUAUUAUAUCCAAUAUUAUAUGUCGAUAUUUAAACUAAACUUUUCCUAUUACAGCAAACUAGGUAUAUCGUGAGGCUGUUUGGUUUAAGCUACAUUUUUGCAACUUUAAAUUUAAGCCGUUUAAAGUUUAAAAAUUGUCAAAUAUGUGACUAAAAAGCUUCUCCAGCUAUUCGAAUGGAGUAAAUUUAAUAAAGUUCAAUUAAAAACAUCGAACUGUUGAUGCUGAUCACUACAUAGUAUAAAACAAAGUCGCUUUCUCGGUCCCUAUGUAUGCUUGAAUCUUUAAAACUACGCAACGAAUUUUGAUGCGGUUUUUUUUAAUCGAUAGAGUGAUUGAAGAGAAAGGUUUAUAUGUAUAAAUAACAUCCACUAAAUAGUAGAGAAAUCAAUAAUAAAUUACAGUUUCCGAAUCGAAGCGAGGGCGGGUCGCUAGUAAUGAAUAAAACGGACCUUUAAGCCUUUAGUUACGGAGAUAAAUGCCGCGUGUUAAGCGAAUUUGCGAUUAAACCAAAUAGCCUUCACCCAUCGAUAUGCAAACGUAUUAUUUGUGGCUUCGGUAAAAUGCAAUUAUUUCUAUAGCGCGCGCGCUUUCCUAAUCAAACUCGUCCAUUUAUACCAAACUGUGUUUAGUAUCUUAUCUUUAAAUAAUAUUGUUGUUAAUAUUGGUAUCUAAGUAGACGUAAAGAACUUGUACUAAUUUGGAGUUAUUUGAAAAAGGGUUACAAAACAUAUUAUUAUUUAUUUAAUAAUUGUAAGCGUGGCAAUACCGAUAAAAAUGUUGCCUGUAGUAAAAAAAACAACUAGUGAUGCGACCAUGUCCACGAUUGACUUUCACGAUGAUGAAAUAUCAUAAUAUUGUAUUGUUAGCCGUAAAUUUGAUAUAACGUAAUUUUAAUAUAUUUAUCGAUAUGUAUCGUAAUGUAAAUAUUUAUGUACAUGAAUAUUUCUAUUAAUAAUGAAAUAAAAAAAUGUUUUUAAUA